AUGAGGUACCAAGGAAGAUCAACAUAUAGGCCUAUACCAAGAUGAAGUUUAUGACCUUCUGAGCUGACUGUGCCUCUGCUUCCCAGUCAUGAAGAGUCUCAAGAAGAGGAACCACUAACUGAAAGUCAGGAUCCUACACCUGGUCAGGAAAGAGAAGAAGAUCAGGGUGCAGCUGAGAUUCAAGUGUCUGACCUGGAAGCUGAUCUCCAAGAGCUGUCUCAGUCAAAGACUGGGAAUGAAUGCAGAGAUGAUCCUGAUGUCAAGGAGAAGAUUCUGCCAAAACUAGAGCAUUUUAAAAUGCCAGAAGCAGGUAGUUCAGACCCUGAAUGCCUGACUGCAAGACUUAAACACUAUCAGAUACAGAAACAAAUUGGGUCAAAGCCAUAUUGA